CUUCCCUGUUGUGGUGUUUUGCAGCCCCUAAAGUGAGUGAGGUACACGGGGGUAAAGUUGGGAAUCUGUACUGGCCUGCAGCUUCAGCUCUCACCGCACGCUUGCGUCGCCUUAUUACUGCGUACCAGCGCUGUCACAAGAGACAGGAGAUGCUGAUUAAACCGGACGGCCGUAGACGCAGACGUCACCGUGACGACCACCUCCUUGUCAUGGCGACUGAGGGCGGGGCCUACAGUCUGGAGCCCAACAGGAUGGCUGCGACAUCAUAUCUGACUGAAGGAGCUUCGUUUGUUAAAACCUCACCAUUCCUACACGAGAGCGCCGCCCUGUUGGCCGACGGAGCUGCAUUCUUCAAAGAGAGACGUCAGAGAUGGACGAGGCGUGAAGAGGCAGAUUUUUACCGUGUGGUGUCUACAUUCGGGGUUGUUUAUGAUGUCCAAACCCAGUGUUUUGACUGGUCCCAGUUCCGGGCCUUUGCUCGUCUUGAUAAGAAGACCGAUGAGAGUCUGGAGAAAUAUUACUAUGCCUUUGUGGCCAUGUGCAAGCGCGUGUGCCGAAUGCAGGUCAAAGACUCAGAGCUGGCCGACCCGACUCUGAUCAUCGACCCCAUCACAGAGGAGAGAGCCUCCCGCACACUGUACCGUAUCGAGUUACUGCGGCAGAUUAGGGAGCAGGUUUUGCCCCACCCCAAACUGGAGGAGAGACUCCGCCUGUGUCAGCCCAGCCCCGACCUCCCGGCCUGGUGGGAGGCAGGAAAACACGACCGGGAUCUUCUCUACGGAGCUGCCAAGCAUGGAGUAAGUCGCACAGACUACCACAUCCAGAAUGACCCAGAGCUCGGCUUUCUGCAGGCUCAACGCAGGUUCAUCCAGAGCCGAGGACCUGACACGGCCCUGACCUCAAACCCUCUCACCACCGGGGAUCUGAUCAAAGACCAGCCGAAGGACCAGCUCAAAUACGACAGUAUGGGAAAAGCAGACAUCGAGGAAACGAAAGAGGAGAAAGCGGAGGCCGCUUCACCCAAACAGGAAGUGAAGACGGAAGAGGAAGAAAAGACUCAGGACAGGGAGCAAAAAGAGAAUGACAAUGAAGCAGAAGUGAAGAGCGAAGAAAGUCACAGUAUUCCUCAAUCGACCGACGAGGAGAAGGUCACACAGUCUGAGGACACACUCACACUUCCUGUUAGUGUCGGCAAGGACACCAUCACGGGGGAACCGGAGAACCCGACAGGUCCGGAGGAGAACCUCAACACAGAAGAGGAGGAGGAGGAAGAGGGGGAGAAGAUGGAUGAGGACAAAUCAGAGAAAUCAUCACAGGCUGAAGCUGAAGCAUCCUCAGAAAGGAAGAACUUUGACGAAGAGAGUAACGCCUCCAUGAGCACAGCACGAGACGAGACACGCGAUUAUUUCGGCAUGGACGAUGGCGAGCCCUCUGUGUCUCAGACCUUUGGUGAACGAGCUACCUUCUCCUUCUGGCCCAAGGACCGGGUGAUGAUCAAUCGAAUGGACAGCAUCUGUGAGGCCAUCAUCAAGGGCAAGUGGCCAUCCAAUAGGAGGCAGUUAUUUGACUUGCCUGGCCUGUUGCCUGGAUAUAAUGCCAUGGCAACGGACAGCCCUAUACCCAGGAGGAGCAUGGGAGACUUCUCCAUGAUGAAUCAGAGCAGCUACAGUGGGAGUGAUGACAUCACCUUGUCACCACAGGUCAAUAAGGAAGAGGCCCUGAGUCUGUCUGUUCCUCGUCAGCGGAGACGCAGAAGAAGGAAAGUGGAGAUCGAGGCCGAACGAGCCGCAAAGCGCCGCAAUCUCAUGGACAUGAUAUAG